AUGGCAAGCCGACAAUACUCAGACUGGUUAUCGGAUCCAAUAUCGACCACACAUGGAAGUCAGUCAUCAGUCGAACCCAUUGUCUGGGCAGAUGAUGAUGAUAAUGAUGGAAUUGAUCAAAAAAAGACAUCUUUUGCGUGGUGUUGGUGUUUUAAAUGUUGUAUUCUUGGAUCAUUAGUCGCUGGAAUAGGUUUAGCUAUUGUACUCACAUUCUGGUUGACCUCAAAAACAGCAGCAACAGAAACUUCAAGUAUGUCCUAAUUAAAACUAUUGUUUUCAUGUUGUUUCUUUUGAUUUUUGGUUGCCAAAUGGUAUGAAAAGAUAGCUGAGUACAGUUUUGAGUUGAAUAAUAAUCUAUCAUGAGAUACAAAUGAUAAUUAUUGACUUUGCUAAUUAAUUAAAAAAUCGCCAGUAAUUAGACAAAGAACUAUCAUGAGUUAAUGAUCCAUUGAGAAUAUUACAUAUAUCGUUUUCCUAUUAGAUGUGAGUGUAGGUGUAAGUAUAAAUGUAGAUGUGGGUGCUCACUUCA